UUGUCCUCGUGACGUCACGGCGGUCUGUGCUUUGACCCGCUGCAGCGAACGAAGAGUCGACGCGCCGGAAAGCUACAGGAUAGCAAGAAACGAGCUGUGAUCAAAACACAACUUCAGGGCCUGCAUUCACGUCCACCCUUUAGACUCCAGACGCAGGAAGACGAUAGGUGUCUGCAAAGUGAUUGUGAGGGACGGAGGACGGGCAAACACUUGUUUAUGCGAGCGAAGUAAGCAUUUUGGCCUUGACAGCUAGGCUAACGUUAGGCCCAGGUAGCGCUAGCUGUGGAGCUUACUUUACGCUAGCAAAAGCAAAACAAGGAAUGAGUGAUGACCUCUGUGGUAGUGUCAGACGGUGGAGGGAACAUAGUGGAGUAUGUCACCGUGGUGGAGGGGCCCCAACAGUGUGAGCAGCAGCCCACUGAGGAGGACGAGGAGGAAGAAGAAGAAGAAGAAGAAGAAGAAGAAGUGGUUCAGCAGGAAAUCGAGGCGAUAAUCGUGGGGGCCGGAGACGAGGUGGAGGAAGAUGUGGAAGAGGAGGAGGAGGGCGUGGUGCUGCAGGAAGAGGGCUGUCCGGCGGUGAUCGUGGAGGAGGUGCCCAGCGCCCAGGUGGAGGAGUGCUACUCGGCACAAGUCCUGGUCUACGACGAUGAGACGUAUCUGAUGCAGGACGUGGCGGAGGAGCAGGAGGUGGUUACAGAGGUGGCUGAGACUGUGGAGAUGUCGGGUCACGACAUGGUGUGUUUCGACAAAACCUUUGAAGCAGCUGAAGCUCUCCUGCACAUGGAGUCUCCCGGAGGACUGCACAGUGAACGCAACACAGAGGAUGUGAUGAUGGAGACGGUGGUGGAGGUGUCUACAGAGUGUGGACCCAUGGAGGAGGAUUCCUUCCCCAUCCCUCCUGAAUGCGAACCUGCUGCCAAGAAGAAGAGAGGAGGUGGACGCAAGCCCAAGACGAACCAGCCUGCUUCAAACGGCUCCUUUGACCUGGGCAUCAAGAAGAGACCGAGGGAGGGCAAAGGCAACACCACCUAUCUGUGGGAGUUCCUGCUGGAGCUGCUGCAGGAUAAAAACACCUGUCCCAAGUACAUCAAGUGGAUGCAGCGGGAAAAGGGCAUCUUCAAACUGGUCGACUCCAAGGCCGUGUCCAAACUGUGGGGGAAGCACAAGAACAAGCCCGACAUGAACUACGAGACCAUGGGCCGAGCCCUGAGGUAUUACUACCAGCGCGGCAUCCUGGCCAAAGUGGAGGGCCAGCGGCUGGCCUACCAGUUUAAAGACAUGCCCAAGAACAUCCGGGUGAUUGACGACGAGGAGGACGGCGAGGAGGUGGAGGACGGCGAGGGCGUAAUGGUCGGCCAGCAUCCGGCUGACCAGCACGGCCCCGCCAGCCUGGGCACCAGCUCCCCCGCCACCACCCAGCCUCAGCAGACCUACGUCACCGUCAUCCCCGGCAACGCUGCCACCAGGUCUAUCCGAGCCAUGCCAUUGGUCAUGACCAACUCGCUGGGUCAGGUGACGUUGAACUCCUCCUCCAUCCUCACCACCACCGCGGGAGUCCCGAUGACGGUAGGCAACGCCUCCGCCAGCGCUCCGCCCAAACUGGUCAUCCAGGCUCUGCCCGCCAUGCUGCCCGCCGGCUCCAAAGCGGGAGAGAAGAUCACCAUCAUCACCAUCCCGGCCAACCAGCUGGCCGCGCUCAUGCAGGGCAACCCGUCAGCCCAGCUGGCGCAGCUCUUCCAGGCUAAACCCGUUGCGACGCAGUUGGCGCAUUCCGCCGCUAAGCCCGCCGCCACGGCCCCGACGGUCCAGCUCACGGCAGGCCGGCCAACGCCGCACCUCAUCCUGGCUAAGCCGGCGGUGGUGGCCCAGCCGCUGCCACAGCUCUCUGUCCACGUCGGCCAGCCUCACCCUUCCCCGCCCAAAGCCCCCGCCGCCCAGCCCAGGGGUCAGCUCAAAGCCGCGCAGUCAGAGGCAGCGGCGGAGGCUCCGCCCCCCACCAGCCCACCAGCAGCAUCAGCAGAAACCGCCUCGUCCUGAGUGCUCUGCCCUGAGGAGGGGGGGGG